CGUACUCUUUAGUGAAAGUUUAAAUUUUAAUGUCAGUAGAUUAGGUUCGAGUGUGUUGUAUAAAAUGAUUGACAAAAGUUUGUUAAAUGUUUUGCUGCUCGGAUUGGCCUUUAUGUUGAUCUUUACGGCCUUUCAAACGAUGGGAAACAUAGAGAAAACUAUUUUGGAAAGUAUAGAACAGGACGACCCAAAUUUCGACGGCAAGGCAUACUAUAGUUUAGCCAUAGUGUAUGUUUUUUUCUCAGUAUUCAACUGGGCAGCUCCAUCAGUUAUUAGUAUAAUAGGACCGAAGUUUUCUAUGCUUCUAGGAGGAAUAACUUAUUUAUUAUUUAUUUUAUCAUUCCUAAUACCCAGAGGAUGGCUAUUAUAUAUCUGCAGUGCCGUUUUAGGUAUUGGUGCAGCCAUGAUAUGGACUGGACAAGGGAACUAUUUGACCCUUAAUUCUACGAAAGCACACAUUUCUAGAAAUUCUGGAAUAUUUUGGGCGAUGCUUCAGUUGAGUCUGUUUAUUGGAAAUACGUUCGUCUAUUUUGCUUUUAAAGGACAGACGGAAAUUAAGAAAAGCACCAGAAAUGUCGUUAUAAUAACUUUGUCGGCCAUCGGCGUUGUUGGUUUGGCUGUUUUGCUGUUGCUACCUAGAGCGACUAAGGAAAAAGAAGAAGACGAGGAAGAACAAGAAGUCAAACCGGAAGGACCGUUGCAAGCUCUAGUUGGUGCUAUAAGACUAUUUUGUACCGGGAAUAUGUUGCUGCUCAGUCUAACGUUUUUGUAUACAGGAUUGGAAUUAGGAUUUUUCAGUGGCGUUUACAGUUCUUGCAUCGGAUUUACGCAAGCCUUCGAAGAUCGUAAAGAACUAGUCGGUGUUUCUGGAAUAUUUAUUGGACUUGGCGAAGUACUUGGGGGUGGAUUGUUUGGCAUCUUAGGCAACAAAACUGUGAAAUGGGGUAGAGACCCAAUCGUAGCAGCUGGCUUCAUCUUACACGCAGUGAGCUUUUUCCUGAUUUUCCUAAAUUUACCCAAUGCAUCGCCAUUUUCUGAAACCGCAGACAGCGCGUACAUAACUAGCAACUCCAUAUUGGCUAUAUUCUGCUCGUUUUUACUUGGACUUGGAGAUUCCUUCUACAAUACUCAAAUUUAUUCUUUGUUGGGAUCAGUGUACGCCGAUAGGAGCGCUCCAGCUUUUGCUAUUUUCAAGUUUACACAGGUAAUAUUUUUGUAUAUGGAGUGAUACAUAUUAUGUAUAUAAAGUACGCCUUGUUUUACGCAUGUCUGAAUGUCAGUUUGGAUUUAAUUUAGAGCCGUACGUAGUUAUUACUGACAUGACUCGUAAAAGCAAUUAAUUAAUGUUUACUUUAAUGGAAACCAAUUUGUUUUUGAAUAAUACAACCAGUAGGUGCAUAAAUAAAAUACCUAUUUUCGUAACGAGUGCGCAAAGUGUUACUUUUCCGCAUGCAAAUCAAGUUAAACUAACGACGCGAAGUUCAAAGAAUGUGUCAAAGUCGACAAGUGCACUUAUUGUUGCUUGACAAUGACAAUAUUGCAAUUAUUUAUCUUUAUACAAGGUACUUAAAAAAUAUUUGUUUUAUUUUUGUUUUAAAGGAUAUACAAAUAUCAGGAAUUACGAUUAAAAGUCUUUGGGAGCCGCAAUAUCCUUUUUUUACGCUGAAUCCUUGGGCCUGUACGCCCAGUUGGGCAUUUUAAUCGCUACAGCAACCUUGGGUAGUCUUAGCUUCAUCAGAGUGGAAUGGAUAGCCAAGAAACAAAAUCCCCUACUAGCAGUUGAGCAAGAUAAAAAGGGGGAAGUUAGCGAAUGAUGUUUAUUGUAGAAUGUUUUGUUAAGAACUUUUAUACACUGAUCAAAUUUGUCAUCAAGUUCAAAGAACUAAUUUAAGUUAUAUUUAUAAAUAAUUUUUGAUAUUUUUUAGUAACAAUUUCAUUGACUACUUAUUGUUUAAUCAAAUAUGAGAUUCGUAAGAACUUUUUACAGAACAAACAUGUCCAAACAUACGUGACGGAUGUCAGUAACAGAGCAAGUUUGAGGGUAAUUUUGUGGUAUAUACAUACAAUUUUACAAAAGUAAACUUACUAUUGACGAUAGCUUUGUAAAGUUUAACAAAUAUUUAUUUAUAUGUAUAUAGCUAGAGACGAAAUCCUGGAUAUUAAAAUUUUAUUUGUAUAUUUUCUUUGUAUUAUUUUUAUAAAUUAUAAAUUAUUAUUUUUAA